UUAUUUGACAGUUAAACAAAAAUAUAAUUUAGUUAAUUUUUUAAAAUUUACAAUGGAAUCGAGGGGCGAAACCUCGGAGCUCCAACAAUUGGUGUCCAGCGAUGCAGAAAAUGACGACAGCACAAUCCAAGAGGAUCCCACCGAUACCACAGAAAGCAAGGUCAUGUCUCCGAUCCGAAGUGCCAAAGUAUUCUCCUCCUCAGGUAAUACCAGCCAUAGUUCGGUAACUAGGUCUUUAGGUAAGGGCUACAUAGCGCCAUCAAUAGGAGGCUCAAAAAUUGCUUACAUAAAUGAAAGAAAGCCGGCUAGAGAACCUGUUAAACCUAGUACUGCAAGACCAAGAAAUACACACAAAGACCCCCCUAAACCAGAUACACACCACCAUUCUUUUCUCUCCCAAGUGCCGGACGUGAGACACAUGGAGAGGGCCCUAUUAGGGCUCCUGGCCGAUUUUCAUUCGGGAAAACUGAGGGCUUUUGGUGGAGGCUGCACUAUGGAACAAAUGACCAACAUUCGGGAGCAACAAGAGAAAUUGGCAAAGUUGCAUUUCGAUUUGGGUGGAGCGGCAACUAUACCCUCUUUGACUGAUGAGAGCUUAAAAAAUUCUCAAAAUACUAUGAGCCAAUUGAUCCAGAGGUUGGAGCAAUUGUCUGUGUCUAUUGAAGCACUGCAAAGUAAUUCUACUAAAUAACUACUGUGUUGCAGUUGUCACAGGGAACUUUAAUAAAAGGUUAUGUUUACUGUUAAAUAUUUAAUAUUUAUUUAUGAGUUUAGUUAAAAUUAUAAGUUAAUUUGAAGACAUUUAUAUUAUAUGCUUGAUUAUUAUA